AUGCUGCAAGUGGAAAUGAUCAUAUUCGUCUGUCUGAUCCUUUGGAUGUGUGUAUUUAGCCAAGAGCCGAGCUCCAAGGUGAUGGCCGAUCGCUAUGCCGUCUACUGGAACCGCACAAACCCCAGGUUUUACCGUGGAGACUACCACAUCGACGUGUGCAUCAAUGACUAUUUGGAUGUGUACUGUCCGCACUAUGACGAUGGGGUACCCGAGGAGAGGACUGAGCGUUAUGUCCUCUACAUGGUUAACUAUGAUGGCUACAGCACCUGUGACCACACGGCCAAAGGCUUCAAACGCUGGGAGUGCAACAGGCCUCAUUCCCCUAAUGGGCCUCUCAAGUUCUCUGAGAAGUUCCAGCUCUUCACACCCUUCUCUCUGGGAUUUGAGUUCAGGCCAGGAAGAGAGUACUACUACAUCUCAUCCAUGGUGGCUGAGAAUGGGAGAAGAACAUGCCUGAAGCUCAAAGUCUUCGUCAAACCAGCAACCCACUGCGUGAAAACUAUAAGCGCUCACGAUCGUGUUUUUGACGUUAACGACAAAGUAGACAAUUCAUUAGAACCAAGAGAUGACACCAGUCACGAGUCAGCCGAGCCGUCUCGGAGAGACCCGACAAACUCAGCGCAACUGCCCUGGAUACAGAACUCUCUUCUCACAGCUCUUCUUUGCCUCUGCCUGUCUGCACUACUCAACUUAUAG